UGACAUCUGGAAUCGAGAUUGGACAUUGACCAAAAUGGCUGCCCUGGGAGGUGGAGUCGGUUCAAUAUUUGCCUAAUUUUGACACAGUUUUACACGAAUCUUCGUUACUUUCAAAGAUCCAUCCAAAAUGGCUGGAACUGAAGAAGUUCUUGAUCUGAUACGUCAUCUGAAACAGGAGCGGUUGUUUGUCAAUGCAGAGAAGGAGCAGCUUCAGCAGCUAAAUGAGCAGGUGAUAAAAACAGCAGAGAAGUUAUGUCACUUGGCGUUCAUCGCCCACCUCCAACAUUCCAACCUAGACAGCCUCGUCUUUUCCACCGGAAAUGAGGUCCGUUCGUCAGCAUGCUGUCACCAGGCCAACCUACAUGAGACGAUAAACUUCAUGGAUGGAUACAAGUACCUCAGUUACCAUGAUCAGAAGUUUGGUGACUUCAUUCGAAAGUUCCGUGCAAGUCCGAAACUGGUGGCAACGUGUUUAGUCCUUGGUGAGAAACAAAGCUACGAGUUGAUGCAGUCGGUGGUUAGCACAGCAAUGGUGUCUGUUUAUGGUCUGUGCGUCAUGCAAGAGGACGACCGAUUCGUUCUGAGGAUUUUGAAAGAAAUGAUAGAGCAGCAACUAGUACCACACGACAACCCUCACCGUUUACUUAGAAAAGGAUCAUGUGCUUUCAGCAAAGUCUACAAGCUAAUGAACGAGGGUUUGUUUUCUGCAAAGCUGUUUCUGACUGCGGCGCUACAUAAUCCAAUUAUGCGGCUGCUGAUGGAGGACGAGUGGUUCUACGACAUCGAUCCUGAGAAGGCAUUGAUACGCUUCCCACAGUCGGAAAGCCAACGGCGUUUCGGACAACCCGGGGACCCAUCCUACGAACAGAAGUUAGCAGAAUACCGUGCUGUCACAUUGAAUAAACUUGUCUUGUUGACAAACAGAUUCAUCAAUAGUAUCAAGCGCAACAUGUUCUGUUUUCCGCAAAGUUUGAUGUGGAUUGCCUCGCAACUUUAUCGGGCGAUCACAAAGUCAGAAAAGACAGAUGCUGCAGCUGCUCGAGUGAUGUGUGCCGACUUAGUCUUUACCUUCUUCAUCUGUCCGGCAAUCUGCGAUCCUGAGCCGUAUGGUAUUACAUCUGAUGUCUCUAUUAGUUACAUCGCCAGACAUAAUCUGAUGCAGGUGGCACAGAUUCUUCAAGUCCUGGCCAUAACGAGAUAUGAGGACAUGGACCCCAAGCUGAUGGACUUGUAUGGGAAGUUUGAGAAGGAUUGCAUGUCAUCACUGUUGGACUCGAUGCUGAGUGGACCUCUAUCGGAGAGUCCACCUGCCCCCCAUAUUCAGCUGGAGGGGGUCUCCCGCACUGCUGUUCUGAUUAGACCAACCGAACUUCAAAAUUUGGUUGAGUUCCUGAGAGGUCUUGUCGCCAACAUGGAGGAAAACGAGCCUGACCGCAAGGAAUUAGAGGCAUUGCUUAGUGGUCUUCCUGCAUCGUUGCUGCAUCCAAGUACUUCUGGCCUAACACCGACAUCUUCACCAGGACACACUCCACCUGGUACACCCGGCAGUGGCAAGAAGACACAAAAAGAGAAAAAAGACAAGAAACGAAGCGCUAAUCUGACAGUCCCUGAUGACGGUGAUGACUUGAGUGACACAGAUGCAGGCACCCUGGAAGACGUCCUUGUCAUUCCAAUGGAGGCUCCGGCAGAUUGUCCUGGCAUGCUCGGUGAACUCAAGGUGUUGGAACAAGAGUGUUUAGAGAACCGAAAGACAACUCACAACAUCUAUCCCGGCAAUGAACAGAUCGUCGAGGAACCAGAAGUCACAGAAAAACGGACCAGAUUCUCUUUGUCACAUGAUCAAGAUUCCAUCGGAAACACCAGCGAUAACAUUGAAGCCGUCUCUGAAGUUUUCUCAAUAGGUUGCUCCAGCCAUUCCGUCGGCUCCGAAGACCUGGAAGUCGAGAACGAAAAUGACAAUGACAACCUCUCCGAUAUGAUGUCUGCUAACGUCAGCGGGCGCGGUACACCAAGUAUCAGCGGCCGGGAUACGCCGUUAUCACAGGUGUCCCAAGGGGAGAUUGAGGAAAGAGAGGAGCGCGAGCCACGCCGGGUACCGGAUCUGCCUGUGACUGUACAGAAACGAAAUCGAGAGGAUGUGACCGACAGAUUUGGGAAGUUUGACAUCAAAAACGAACUGGAGAAGGACGAAAUCAAAUCUACUGUUAGUGACACUUGGAGUACAGAUGUUCUCGCUAGUGACUCUGAACCACCAGAGGCUAACCAAAUGGACCGGCUGGAGGAGGUUGCUGAGGAAAUGGCGAGGUCGAACCUGCUCGGAGUUCAGGAAAACAUUCUGUUGCAGGUUUCGGAGGUCUCAGAGACGGCCAGUGAUGCUUGGAGUACCGACGUCCUCGCAAGCGACACGGAUGAGAAACAAGCUGAACGUCUGCUUGAGCUGGACCAGGAUGAUAUCAGCAUCAGCAGCAAGAGCCAGGGUCCUGAUGACUCAGAAGUUGAAUACAGUGAAGAGACACCACAGGCCUCGGGUGGAGCCAGCCCAGCAGACGGACUCCAAGGGCUAGAAAACCUAGGUGCUGUUGGUGGAGUUGACCUGUCUUCUAGACCAUUCCUAACCCACCCCAAGAGUAAUGCCUAUGUGCGUUUACCCAGGCCAGACCGCUUCAGCGACCGAUGUUCAAAUGACUCAAACGAGGAUUCACCGCGUUCAGUUUCGGAUAUCAUCAACAGCCAUAACUUUCCUACGACUGAUGACUCAAAACGGCAACGACUGUCAGCAUCCUUGAAAGACGUCGAUGGUCAUGUUGAUCAUGUGAUUCAAAUCAUGGACCCGGACAGUUUGAUUUCAAAGACGGGCUUCAAAGCGAAAACAAAGCGUACAUCUAACGAAAGAGAUUUCAGUUCAGCGCAAGAACAAAGACGUAUUGUAAUAAUCGAAAAUGAUAACAGUGCUGAACGCCCUGAUGAACUAUCCGCUGGCGGCAUUCCAGAAAUCAUUCAUCACCCAGACAGGGAUUCUGGGAUAGCUGAGACGCCACAGGAAGAGCAGAAAUCUGCUAUUGAUCAGUUAGUUGAUGAUAUCUCGCAAGGCUUGAAGAUUUCUGAGCAGCAGAAUAUAACGAUUCAUCCUAGUCGGUUGUCAGCGACGAUAUCGCUGUUUGAUCCCUUACUGCAGGAGAGUGAUACAGAUCCAACUGGGCAAAAUGAGGAGACGAAUUUGAACCUCGAAGGAGUAGCAGAAGGGAUUGAUUCAAACCAUCUUCAGAGUGGGGAAUUGGUUGUGAAAGCUCAUAGUUAUACUGUGAGCCAUAUUCCUGUCCCUCCUACCCUUGAAGUUGGUGGUCCCAUUUUGAAGUCUGGGUCAAUGAUGGUGUCCCCAUCUGAUAAGGAGGAUCAAGCAGGUGGCAAGAAAAUUAGUUUCUUUAAAAGUUUUAAGGAGAAGUUCAACAAAGGAGCUAAGAGGAAGGGUAGUGGGAGCAGCUCGAGGUCUGAUGAGGGUGUCCUCAUCAACAUGGAUCGAGGCAGCAGUGAUUCAGGCAUGAUUGCUGGAGUACGCUUUAUGGGCUCUCCCGACACAAAUCAGGAAACAAGUGAUGACAUCUUGGACAAAUACCGCAAGAAACCCCAACCAGAUGCUCAAGGUGCCAGCGGGGACAUGCAUCUCCUCGAACCAGUCCGAGGUCCACGCGAUAACAUCGUUGAGGACGAGGUUGAAGGACCACCAAUGUACGAUCCUGAUAAUUUGGAAACGUGCCAAGCAUUCCACGAUGCCAAGAAGAAAUUACGGAUGGUGUUUAGUACGGCAGAUUUCCAGACAUUGCCUUGGUCAUUCAGCGCUACAAGGCGCCUCAGCCAGGUUGCCCAAGGCUGCAAGGAGAAUGACAGGAAGGAUAAUGACUUGGUGGCAAUGCUGAGAAUGCAGCUUGCCGAGGCGAUAAAUCUCCAGGAUAAAGACUUGAUUGCUCAACUGCAUGAGACAAUACGCUGUGUCAGACAGUUUGACCAUGAUGGGACUAAGAAGCUGAUCCGGUCCCUUCGUGACGACUACAAGAAUAGAACUCCGUACAUUUCCUAUCUGGUGCGAUGUCGACAAAACCUGCUGUCCACCCAGGCGCAUCUGGAGAGAUUAUUAUAUAGAAUUGAAAGGGACAAAGAAAUCUGUGGUAAACACUUGGUGUCUGUCUGUGUUCGGAUCUUCAUUGAGAGGAGAGAGAAGGGUGUCUUGCGAUUCAUGGCCGAGUUCCAGCGACUAACUGUGUCAGACGAGAGGGCUGAUUUAGUCGAGAAAUUCUUAGACAGUUUAUAUAAGCAUAUGCAGCAGGAUCCAAUGUGGCAAGCUGCCAGUGAUAACCAACUAGAAGAGGGUCAGUUAGCCAUAGAACGUUACAUAAUGAGUAGGAUUUACACACAUGCCAUGUGCCCCAAUGGUGAUGGCGACUUCCACAGAGAUUUAAUUCUCUCCCAACACAUCAAGAAACUUUCCAGUGUUAUAACACCUAGUCAUCCAGAUUUACGAAUUCCGAAGUUCUACCAUUCAGAGUGUCCCUGGCCGUCUGCUCAAGCUGAGAUAUACCUUAUAAAUGCUUAUAAGACUCCAAAAGACAAACUUAAGUGUGUCCUAAAUUGCUCAUCAACGAUAAUGAACUUGCUGAGCAUGGCUAGUGAUAAGUCUGUGCCAGCCGCUGAUGACUUUAUGCCUGUUCUAAUAUUCGUCUUAAUCAAGGCAAACCCGCUAUGUCUGUUAUCCACGAUACAGUAUGUCAACAGCUUCUACGAAAAGAGGUUGUGUGGAGAGGAACAAUAUUGGUGGAUGCAAUUUUCAGCUGCCGUAGAGUUUAUCAAGACCAUGGAUUAUAAUGUGUAGGAUUACGUGAAAGUCUUGAUAACCACUUCUUUACCCACUGGAAGAAUAGAACCCUUAAACUGCGACCAUCCAAGGAUGGCAUCCAGUGGAAUAAAAAGAGUACUCAUUUAGUUUUACAUGAAGAUUUAAAUUGACCAGGGACAAAGCAGUUGGGGUCUUCAUACUGAAACCUGUAUUCUUUACCACAAAACUUGUUCACAAUAUGACUUUACAUAUAGGCUUUGCAGUUCUGCACCCUGCAGAAGAUUUUUGAGUGAAAGAUUAGGCUGAGCCUGCAAUGUUUUAACUGUGUCCUAAUCUGAUAGUAUUCAAAGUUGUUGUUCAUUAUCAAUGCAAAUUUUCAUGAAUGUGUUUUAAGAAUGAAGUCCAUGUUUAAUCAGCCUAUUCAGGGUUUUGUAAUAGGAUAAUGAAGAAAGGUUCUAUUCAGCUGAGCAGAAAAUACCCCAAACUUCUGUUUGGCAUUUAAAGGCGGAAGUGAUUUGAUCAUGCAAUAUCUGUUUAUGCCUGAAUUGUAGCUCAAAAAUGUUUUGUGCUGCAAUUGAGUCGAAAGUUUUUUGUACUGCGUUCAGUUUUGUGGUAACCUCCUUGUUUACUAAAAUCCAUAGGACUGUAGGCAAUUGGGUCACUGGUUUGCCAGACCUUAUCUACUAGAUAGAGUCUGGGAAAUGAGACGGUUGACAUUCCAAUCUCUACUGGUUUGUACGUGUAUAAUGUACUAGUUCAGUUUGAUUUCCAACAUUAGUUAUAAUUUGAGGUAACUUUUCCAGGUGUUCUGUUUUUUCCAAUUUUGUCACCUUGGAGCCCUUGAACAGAUUUUUUCCAUCACAUUCAGUUCUUAGAUAGUAAAAGCUUCAUGUGCAGUUGAGUUGACUCUUAAGGUUUGUUACAUUUAAUUGGUGCAAAACAUAUUGUGUAAGAAGGAAUUCACUUCUGUCAUGUCUGUUGCUAAAUUGGCAAAUAUUUUUGUUACUGAUAUUUUGUAGAUUUUAUAAGUUUGAAUAAAAAAUCGAGGCUAGUAAUUUGAGCUUAUGUUAAAGAGAAUAGCAGCAUUGAAUAUCUAGUCAUAUUGGUAUUUGAUAGUACGUAAUUACUGUUUGCUACAGAAAAAGUAGCUGUGAAUUUGUUUUAAAUAAAAGCCGAGUUGUAGCUUAGUUUUUUAACUUUUGACUCCUAACAUUGUGAGAGAUGUGACAUGCUACACCAUUAAUUUCUGUUAGUGUUAAAGAAGGUCAGGAUUUUUUAGCUGGUUUUGUUAACUUGAACCCUUGUGUCAUUUUCAGCUUACAUGCAGGUCUACUUAUCUUGUAUCUGUUUAUACCCAAUGACGUAUGUAUCAUGUCGCGUGGCUGUUCAAAGUUUUAUUUUCACAAUUUUCUUUCACAACUGUUUUUAAUUUCAACCAAACUGCAGAUGUUGCAUUCGACGUACUGUAGCAGUGUGCCUUUUCUGUUGGUAAUUUUUUUGCAUCUGAUGUUCUGUGCAUGGUCUAGCAAACGGUACGGCCAUGACAGACCUCGCAGAUUUGAGAGCCAGAUAACUGUGGAAUCCUGGUAUGUGUAGUUCUAAAAAUACUGUUAAAUCUGUACAAUGUAUGCUGAUGCUGUACAUGCUAAGUCCUGUAUAAAGUUUUUUGUGCAUAAAAUUGGAUCAAAAGGAGUAAUUAAGAGUGCCAAAUAAACACACAAUUAUGACAUUAAA